AUGUUUUGGCUCCACAGACUCUACAUUGAGGUUGCCAUGCAGCGCUUCCUUCAAGCUCAUACCAGUUGCCGCAACACGAAGCUUCCCUCCCACAGGUGCGAGGACGCAAAACUAGACAUCGUUGUUGCCGUUUGCAAUGAGGAUCUAUCUUGGCUUGAGAGCUUUGCACCUGCUAGGCUGCUUUUGGACGAGACCUUCAAUGCAUGCCUGAAAUCUCUCCAAAUGUCAACAUGGAAACGUUCUAUACAGUGUAGACUUACCCUAAGCGAAUGCUCCCCCACGGAGAGUGUGCUUUGUUCAGAUUCUGGGUCUAUGCAAAGUGUGGUCUACAAGGCCACAAGUUUUUGCCCUGCGAUGGGCUCUUAG